CGGUAGUACAUCAUCAAUUUGCAAUUUGUUGUGAUAAUUCGUAACUUUCCGAAACCCUCACGCUUCGCCAUGGUCGAAUCUCCUACAGCUGGACGAGCUAUUCUUCGCAACCCGAAGAAGAUCAUAUGUGCUCUUGACGGUACCUGGCAGGACAGCGAUUCUGGCUGGGUCAAGGGACGUCGUGGAGAACCUGGCCACUUACAAGUUGGAAGCAACGUGACUAGGAUCUCACGAGCAAUCAAGCCCGAGGACAGCGAGCACCACCCCCAGAUCGUCUACUAUCAGAGUGGAGUAGGAACUGGACUUUCUUUGCAGGAUCGACUCCUGGGAGGCGGCGUUGGAUUGGGGCUUUCUGAGCACAUACGAGAAGCGUAUUAUUUCCUCGCUAACAACUAUUCGCCCGGUGAUUCCAUAUUCCUGAUAGGGUUCUCACGAGGCAGUUUUACCGCGAGAAGUCUAGGAGGUCUUGUUGGAAACCUUGGACUGUUGAACAAAAAAGGUCUACCUUUCUUCUAUUCGAUCUUCCUAGAUUGGACUGAGGCGGGGGACCCUACAAAAUCUUGCUCUUCUUUUUGGGAGCAUUACCGCGACCCUCUGGACCCGGAGAAGAAGCACAUGCCCCAGACUCCGUCAAACGACCCAGCGCGAGUCGAUGAAUAUCUAGAUGAGUAUCGUGCUAUGCUUCGGAGCUUUGGAUUGACCCACGUUGUCCCCAUCCGAGAGAACGAGCUGCGCGAUGUACCCAUAAAAGUGAUUGGGGUCUGGGAUACCGUUGGUGCUCUUGGAAUACCUGUCAAUCCGAGUCUUCAAAAACUCCUCGGACUCCCUUCGUUUCUACACGAGUACAAAUGGCUUGACACCAGACUUUCUAAUAACGUAGAGAAUGCGUUUCAGGCAUUGGCAUUAGAUGAGCAUCGGGCGCCCUUCUCCCCUGCUGUAUGGGAGAAGCCUACGGGCAGCCCUACGUUUCUCAAACAGACAUGGUUUCCAGGAGCACAUUCUAAUGUUGGCGGGUCAUAUGAUGAUACAGCAACAGCAGACAUAUCCCUAGCCUGGAUGAUGGAUCAGCUCUCAGGCGAAAGUGCGAAGAGUACCAAAGGCACGAGCUUUACAUGGCGAGCUCAAGACUGGAUUGAGUUCUACGACGACUACCUGGAUACACAGCAAGCCCUGAACAAGACAUGGUACCAAAGACACCCUCCCGCAAGGGGCUGGUCACUGGGCACCAUCUAUGAUUCUUUCACAUUUCCUCAGAGUCUGGCUGGCCGAGUGGUUCGGAGUCCCGGACGCUACAGGGUCACUGACCCUUUGACGGGCGUCAAGAAGCACUGCGGUGUGCUGAUUGGAGACACGCACGAGUCUAUUCAUGCUUCGGUCAGGGUACGUCUGGAUCUUGGAGGCUUUGCUUCAGAGCCGAAGACUAGUACCUGGUCACGGUUUAUGCAAUGGCUGCAGAGGCUUGUAGGUCGAGAUGGCAAGUCUCUGUACAAGCCCGAGGCGUUACGUUUCUGGAGACUCCAUGAUGGGCACAAACAUCACAACGAUUUCUCAAUCAACUCCAAGCUGAUAACAGGACAAUCAGCACAGACUCCAUGGUGGGAGUGGACCGGAGAAGACGAGCUGGUCUCGAAAGGGCGGGUCAUGAACGAAGACGUAUUGGGUAGAUUUGAGCUGCAACUGCUUGGACAUUACGAGGACAUAGCUGGUGAGAUAGAAGCCAGCAACAAAGGGCUGGUAAGUAUCGAAGACUUGAAGAGGUUCCAGGAGCGGGUGGCCAGAAGAUCAGUCACAGCGUAGCUUUUGUCAGGC